AUGGGGUGCGCGUUGCUGGGUGUGCUCGGCGCCGUCGCAGGUCAGUGGGUAGACAGUGCCGCUCCGUGGUUCUGUCCCGCUCCCCUGCUUGAAUUUUCGUACGAACUCGGCGCGCUGUACGCCACCGCGGUAGACAUCAGCGGUGCUGCAGUAAGCCACAACGGCCGGGUAGAGUCUCUGCUGACGGGUUAG